AUGGCGCUCAGCUUCCACCCGACAACCGCCCCGCUGUUCGGCCACCUCCCCGCCGCGGACAUGAGCUUCCUCCAGGACCCCGAGGUCACCGACGCGCUGCUCGGCUUCGUCUACGACCCGCUCGACCCCGCCAACGCCGCGCUCGACGACCUCCUCAACCUCCCGCUCCAUGACGACGACGACGCCGCAUUCCUCGGGCCUCUCCAUGACGACAGCGACGGCGAGGUCAAGCAGCAUUGCGCCAAGAAGCAGCGCGCCUGCGGCGACGGCGCGUGGCGCGGCCUCGCGGACAUCGACGCCACCGGCCAGCUGUGCAAUAGCGGUGGCAACCAGCAGGUGCCGGCGCUGCCGGAGCUCCUGAACGAGUUCGUCCUGCCCCUGCCCCCGCCCUCGCCCCCGCCGCUGCCCCCGGCGGCGCAGCUUCCGGCGCCCGGCUCGUUCGUGCGCGCCGCGGAGGCGAAGAAGGCCGCGGGCAACGUGUCCCAGUCCCUGCAGAGCGCCGCGGCGAGGCAGCGCCGGAAGCGGAUCAGCGAGAAGACGGCCGAGCUGUCGCGGCUGAUCCCCGGCGGGCACAAGAUGAACACCGCCGAGAUGCUGGAGGCCGCCGCCCGCCACGUGAAGCUCCUGCAGGCCCAGGUCGGCAUGCUCGCCCUCAUGCGCACCGUCGGCUCAACCGAGAAUGAAAAGAUGCCAUCCGUGGCGCAGGAGCAAAUGCACAAGCUGCUGGUGCGCGGCGACGUGCAGGAGCGGCUGGCGGCGGAGGGCAAGUGCCUGGUGCCGAGGAAGCUGGUGGACGCCGUGGCCAAGGACAACUCCGUCAUGUCCAACGCGCUGGUGAACAGAGAGCUCGGCUGGUUCGUGGCGUCACUGCCGGCAGGCCAGUAG